UUAAUUAUCUAAAAUUCAAUCGAAUAAAAAAGAUUGUUCCUCGUAUUUUUUAAAUCCUUUCCUGCAAUCUCAUUUCCUCUUGUUCUAUUUGAAAUUACUUCAUUUUCACUUACGAUUGGAUAGACAUGGCAUAUGCAGUCGUAACAUUCAAUAACAAUGAAGUUUCCGAAGUACCAUCCAAUUGGCUUGAAACAAAUGACGAUGAACCAUCAUGUUGGUGGCCAACAAAUUAUAAAAACAUUAGUACGCUAAUAGCAAAAAAAUCUGAACCAGAUAAAAAGUCGUGGGAUAAUUUGCCUGUGACCAUCGAAAAAUAUUGCACGUCUCUUGAAAAGGCUCGAAAGGUCGCGGAGGAUGCAAAUUAUAUAACUACUGAUGAUGACCAACUCGGAAAAGGGUACAGAAGAGUCAUACCAAAUAGACGAAUAUCGAGCUCCUCAUCCGAUGAUGUCGAAAAUAAAAUCAAUCUAAAACUUCGAAGUGGAUAA